GAAUGUCUUAGGGUGGUGCGCAAUCAGCGCUUCUGAUAACGCUCGUCAGAUUGAUGUUGCUUUCGAGUUUUCAUUAGUACAUCCUCGAUCGGUACUCCAUGUGGAUUUCGAAGCGUCGCGCGUCUGCAUUUUGCACGCGAAAUUUCUCGAAUAUCUCGGCAGCUGCGAGAACCGUAUGCGAAAGUUCGCGCUUGUAUCAGCUGACGCGAAGUAGUUCGUAACUUCGCAAGUUAAUUGUACUCGGACAACGCGAACGACUUCCUUAACUUCGCUCCCGGAAGAGGCUUGGAGAACCGGCCAGCAUGGCGCCGCCCAGCACCGUGUUCGCCGCCUUGUCGAUCCUCAAAGACCAUGUCAAUUUCAAAGUCAAUCAGAACUCGGUAGCCAUUGACAAUAUCGUUUUCAGAUUACAUUACAGAAUUACAGUCUUGAUGCUUCUCGUUGCGUCCAUUCUAGUCACCUCCAGACAAUUUUUCGGAGAACACAUAAGAUGUAUCGCUGACAUUACUGUAUCGAACAACAAAGUCAUCGAGACCUAUUGCUUUUUCAUGUCGACUUUCACCGUGGUGAAGCAUCUGAACGCUACCGCGGUGCUGGAGGGCGAUAUAGCGCAUCCCGGCGUCGGACCAGCUUCCAAAAACGAUGCCGUCAUACACCACGGUUAUUACCAAUGGGUGCCCUUUGUCCUGUUCUUCCAGGCGCUCUUCUUUUACUUGCCGCACUAUCUCUGGCGGAAAAUGGAAGGCGGACGUUUAAGCAUGCUAGUAUCAGGAUUGCACAUGGCAUCCUUGUUACUGAGUGAAACGGAGAUCAAGAUAAACGAUGAUAUGAAGGUACCGUCGCGAAAAGAUCGCGACGAGAAGGUGCAGCAGAUUCGCACCGGCUUUAUAAACCGCUUGCACUUAAAUCGUCCGUGGGCGUACAGUCUGAUUUUUUGCGAGCUCUUGAAUUUCCUAAAUGUGUUCGUGCAAAUUUACUUGACCAACUGGUUCCUCGGAGGAGCUUUCUGGAAUCUCGGCCGAUUGGUCUCCGUGCCGGCUACAUCUAAGGAUGAAGUACACCCACUCGACGUAAUAUUCCCAAAGGUAACCAAAUGCACUUUCCAUAAGUACGGCCACUCUGGUACUAUACAAAAGCACGACGCGCUGUGUGUGAUGGCACUGAAUAUCGUUAACGAGAAGAUCUAUACGUUCCUUUGGUUCUGGUUCUUCGUGCUCUUAGUGAUAACCGGUUUGGGAUUGAUUUGGAGACUACUCACCAUGAUCCUUCACUCGAGGAGUACGUCAUUCAACAAGCUCGUGUUCUCCAUAGCAUGCCCUGGAAAGUACAAUCCGUGGAACGUACUCAAGGUCACUCACGAGUACUACUUCGGUGACUGGCUGUUUCUCUAUUACAUCGCAAAGAAUCUGGACAACUAUGUGUUCAAGGAACUGCUUCAGAGUUUGGCGGAGGAUCUCGAGAACAGACGUCACGCGCGUUACAAAAUCUUGCCGCUAGAAGUGGAGCAAGAGUUGAUGAAGAAGCAAGAAUGGCAAAAUGACGCUAAGACUCCCAUAAGUCCCUGAACAUAAAUGUAAAUGUAAAAUCCACCGUCCAUUUUUUUUUAGAGGAAUUCAUAUAUUGUCUCAAGGGGAUGCUGGAGUGAGUAAUUCUGCACCUGUUGCACUUUUUGCAUGUAGAACUGUACAGACCGACUAGUUUCCGCUAAUGGUAUCGUUGAAAUGAAGCUCAGGAGUCUAGCAAAAAAUCUUGAAAUUCCGUGAGAAAGCCAAUAACAGUUUAACAGAUAAAUAUCAGAUAAAUCUGCUCCAAUUGCGCGCGAUUUUAUGACAGCGCGACGAUCAUCGGCGUAAAGUUUACGCCAUCGAAAUCUGAGAUCGCUAUCUCGCGUGCGAAGUAAUGAAGCAGACAGCGGGAAAGCUAUGUCGCGCGCCCACACGGGCGAACAAUCGCGUGCGCGUUCGCACGCGUAUUAUAACACUGCCAAAUUGCCUCUUUAUGUAUAAACGUACGAUACUUCAGCCGCGAUUUACUACGAUUGUAAAAUAAUGCGUCUCGCGUGCGUCGGCGGGGUCGCGCAUUUGUAGCCGCGCGCGCGCGCCACACAUGACAUAACUGCCCAGUCGAUCGUCUUUUAACUACCUCGUACGGAGGACUCGCGUGUGCGUUACGUGCGAUCGUAUGUCGAGCACAUGCGCGUGCAAGCCGGCAUACGUGUAAACACGUCCGUGCGUUGGACCGACCCGAUAAACGGGCCUGACAAUAGUUCGGAUCGUUAAGUCGUUAAGGCCUGGUGAUUGGAAUCGCGCCGUGACCUAGUAUCGAACAUUCAAUACAUUUGGAUUUUAUGGCGCGCCGUGAGAUUUAUCACCGCUCGCGUAUCUCGUAUCGGUCGCUCUCGAAAAUAUCGACUCGACAAAAGGCCCGUGUAUUUAUUACCUUCUACCGAAAAUAUGCAGGGUGUCCCAGGAGGAAAGGUCAAUACUCUGAGGGGGUAUAGUAUCGGUCAUUUUAAGCAA